AUGUUUUUAUUUAAAAUAAAUUUAAUUAUUUUUUUAUUUCUAAAUAAAAUUCAAACAAAAAAUAUUACUUUAGAAGAAGCUAUAAGGACAUCUCCAAUUCCAUUUAUUGAAAGCUUUUGUGAUUUGGCGUUUUUAAGAUUUAUAUAUGGUAUGCGCGAUUGUAGAAAACAUUAUGAUAAAGGUUAUGAUUGUGGUGAAGGAUUGGAAAUUGAUAAUUCUGGAAUAAAAGUAUUUAUUAUUAAAAAAUAAAGUUGACUGUUCUGUUAUGGAUAUAAUGAAGUAUUUUCCCAAAUAAAAAAAAUAU